AUGUUUCCAGCCAACAAACAGAGUCCCUCGGCUCCAGAAAAGGCAUCCUACUCCAGUACCAGCCCAGUUCGGCCUCCAUCUCUUCAGAUAAACACAGAUGUUCCUCUUGCAGCAGACAGCAAGCACAUUGAGGUGAUCGAGAUAUUGUCAAGCGCAUCCCCCCAAGAGACUCAUCCUCAGCCUUCACAGUCUCUUCCUGCUACAGGCACACCUGAAGGGAGGCAAGCCCAGUCACAGUUGAAGGAGUUGCCUAUUACCCCUUCUUCGUUCCCAGCACCAUCUGGCCAACCCGCGCCUCAUAGUAUCUUCAAACUUAUCAAAAUCCACACGGCGAAGUGUGAUAUCUGCAACAAGCAUAACAAAGCAACUCUACAGCGGUGUAUCGAAUGUGGCUGGCAGAUAUGCACCCCCUGUUGGAAUGCGAGGGGUGGGAACGGUGCCCAUGGCAGCGUUAGGAAGUUCACUGGAGCCAUUUACCGCAGCUCAGACGAUGAACAGCCGCUGAAGAAGCCUCGCAAGAAAGGGAAAAAUGCUGAAAGUGGUACGAAAUCCACCACAGACAGCACAGGAAAGGCUGCCUUAACAGAUGUUGCUUCUACUCCCGCACGCUCUGGCGUCGGGAAUGAGCCUGUAAAGGGGGAAAGCUCUGUCAUCCUGGGAGGCUCAACAGUGAACGCAGCUGGUUCACCAGGCCAAGUUCCAACCACUGUAACGAGCUCCAAAGUAAUACUCCAGGAGGCUCAGGGAAGUUCCAAAAUGGAAGUUUCCAAUGGCCAGUCUGGUGUUAAGCUGGCUAACUCUCACAAUGACCAUCGAAGACGAUCCUCAAUAAGUAAUAGCCAGGUAUAUCGAACACCUGGGACUAGCGAUGGAGUAGUCGAUGACAUAUCGAGCUCAUCUUCCCUGACUUCACUCAGUGCUCUGGAGGAGGACUGUGGGUAUCGAGGCGAUGAAGAAGAUGACGAUGAUGACGAUGCAACCGAGUUCGACCCAGAUAGCGAGGAUGUCAUCAUGGCAGGCGGCAAGGCAUAUCAAAAGAGGCCCUUCAGAGAUCUCACUCCCGAGGCUGAGACACGAAUGAACUGGCUUCUCAUCGCCGCAGAGGAAGCCCUUCAGGAACGGGACCGGGAACGGGAACGUUCCAAGGCCGGAAACGGAAACACAGCUUCUGUACCAGUUGCUCGUUCAGCUCAGCCGCCAGCUCCAGCAUCAGCUCCAGCUCCCUCUCCAACCCCACCUAUGGCUCCAGGUCUUGCUCGAGCGCCCGUUGCAAUCCCCAUCCGAGGCCCCUUGCAAGUUCAGAAACGUCGAGCUUUUACUCAGCCCGCAACCCCCGUCUCAUCUAUGGUCUCUCCCGCAGUGCCUGUGUCUGAGCUGAUACCGGCAGUGCCCAUGGAAAUCGACCCUCCCAGAUCAGCGAGCAAUCCCCCGGCUCCUCAGCAUCCGACCCGAAAACCAUUCUACCAGCUCGAUGUUCCCUUGGGACUUAGAGGAAUCCUCCCUGGAACCCAUACUUUUAGGGACUCCAGAAUCGCCAGGGCUCUGCUGCGUGAAAUGAGAGAAGCAGAAGCUUUGAUAGCAAAGAAAGCAAAGGAGGACUUAGAUCGAGAAGAGAACCGAGCAAAUAGAAGAGCCACAAAUCCUCAUGCUCGGGCGUGGGAGUUGUGA